GAGCUGAAUUCAGUACCACAAGAAUGCUCACUGGGUCCGCUGAGCAAAUUAACACGAAUAUCAUGUGUAUCAGGGUUACAACGAGUGCACAAAUUCUUGUGCCGAACUCCCAGUUCAUCGCUCACAGCCUUUCUGGCAAUGGCCAGAUGACCUUGAAAAAGCCUUGACUGGGAUGUUGGACACCUAUUGAUCUUAUCGAUCUCUAUUCAAACUUGCGAAGGAAUUCCUCAUCGCCUGUAAAAAUGCGGGAGUGCAUUAGCGUGCACGUCGGGCAAUCUGGUACACAGCUCGGGAAUGCGAGUUGGGAAUUAAUGUGUCUAGAGCACGGUAUUCAACCAGAUGGCCAAAUGCCUCAAGACUACACCGUUGGAGGCGGGGAUGAUUCUUUUAUGUGUAUGUUCAAUGAAACUGGUGCAGGAAAAUUUGUUCCGAGAGCUGUUUUUAUUGAUCUGGAGCCGACUGUCAUUGACGAGAUACGUACAGGAACUUACAGACAGCUAUUCCACCCGGAGCAGCUUAUUAGUGGCAAGGAGGAUGCGGCUAACAAUUAUGCACGAGGGCAUUACACCAUAGGCAAAGAGAUCGUGGAUCUGGUGCUUGACAGAGUACGGAAAUGCGCCGAUUUGUGCAACGGAUUGCAAGGAUUCCUCGUGUUUCACUCAUUUGGUGGUGGUACUGGGUCUGGUUUCACAUCUCUGCUAAUGGAACGUCUAUGCAUUGACUAUGGAAAGAGAACGAAAUUGGAGAUAGCCGUCUAUCCUGCUCCACAAAUCUCCACGUGUGUUGUCGAACCGUACAACGCGAUUCUAAACACACAUACCACCCUAGACCUGACAGACUGCGCAUUUAUGGUGGAUAACGAGGCGGUGUAUGACGUAUGCCGGCGGAAUUUGGAUAUUGAACGACCAACUUACACCAAUGUCAAUAGAAUAGUAUCACAGGCUCUAAGUUCAAUCACCGCAUCCCUACGGUUCGAUGGAUCAUUGAAUGUGGAUUUAAUGGAAUUCCAAACAAACUUGGUCCCUUAUCCGCGCAUACACUUCCCAAUGUGCUGCUAUGCUCCCGCGAUUUCCGCUGAGAAAGCCUAUCACCAGAAUCUGGACGUACAAGAUAUCACAAACCAAUGUUUUGAACCCGCUAACCAGUUUGUCAAAUGUGAUCCUAGACAUGGGAAGUACAUGGCAUGCUGCUUGCUCUUUCGUGGUGACGUUGUGCCAAAAGAUGUUAACGCAGCCAUUGCAACUAUCAAAAGCAAACGCACAAUACAGUUUGUGGAUUGGUGCCCGACCGGUUUCAAGGUGGGCAUCAAUUUUCAGCCACCUACAGCUGUACCUGGAGGAGAUCUGGCCAAGGUACAACGAGCUGUGUGUAUGCUAAGCAAUACAACAGCAAUCGCUGAAGCAUGGGUCCGAUUGGACCAUAAAUUCGAUUUGAUGUUCGCUAAGCGAGCUUUUGUCCACUGGUAUGUUGGUGAGGGGAUGGAGGAGGGAGAAUUUUCUGAGGCGCGAGAGAACUUGGCGGCAUUGGAGAAGGAUUAUGAAGAGGUAGGUACGGACAGUGGUGAGGCGGAAUCCGAAUUAGAACAAGAGGAAUUCUAAACGGAGAAUGAAAUACAAAUGUUUAUAUCUCCAAAUUUCCCGCUUUAUUUUCGUCGGGAUGCUAUGCCAUUUCGACCAGUUCCGACGCUGUUGUCCACUUCUACAUGAGGUUAGAAUGCUGGACAGUGUUGUUUUCCUGUUAUCCAAACAUUCAGGCGCAAACUUCUGAUAGACCUUCUUCGGAGCGAAGUGUAAAAUGAACGUGCUGUUUAAUACGCAGGCGCGUAUUAGAAAUGUGUGAAUCUGAACACAUCAGUUACGUUUUCACGUAAUUGUCAGAUUCAACUUUACCCUGCGCUCUAUUACGACUCUCGAGUGAGAAGCCUGUAAUAGAUUCUAACGUCACCUGUAAUAUGACAGGUUCUGCAC